AUGGAGCGUGAAACCCCCAUCCUACAUCCUCCCAACGACACCACCAGCUCAGCUCUGAUGACUUCCAUUGAUGCUCCCACUACUUUAAACACACACUUCCCUGUUCUAUCCGCAACUUUAGAACUGCAGCCAUGUUACCAGGCGGGACUGCGUAAAGGCAUUGUUGAAGAUUGGAGGGUCGAAGGAGGCCCUCGGGUCGACAGCUUACCCCCCUUUUACCGUCAACUCCACUUUGGAGAUCGCCUCUUUUACGCCAGGCGAGGGACGGAGGGAAGGACCGGGAAAACCUCCAAGAUGACGGGCAGCAGCACCCCAGCGGACAUGAUAAAUCUGCGCCUUAUUUUAGUCAGCGGGAAGACGGAAGAAUUCCUCUUCUCUCCCAACGACUCGGCAGCAGACAUCGCCAAACAUGUUUAUGACAACUGGCCGAUGGACUGGGAGGAGGAGCAGGUCAGCAGUCCUAACAUCCUGAGGCUCAUCUACCAGGGACGCUUUCUACACGGCAACGUAACACUAGGAGCUCUCAAGCUGCCCCUGGGGAAGACCACAGUGAUGCAUUUAGUUGCCAGAGAGACUUUGCCUGAGCCAAAUUCCCAAGGUCAAAGGAAUAGAGAGAAGACCGGGGAGAGUAACUGCUGUGUCAUUCUGUAA